AUGGCGGAGGAGCGGGGGGCCGAGCUGGGGGCCGCCCCGGAGCGCCGCAGGGAGCCCGUCUGGGGGGAGCCGCGGCGGAGGGAGGGGGCGCCCGGGGAAGCGGCGUGUGCCGCCGGGGAGGCGGAGGGGGGAGGCUGCACGCGCAGGCACCGAGGGCGAAGUUGGCGGCGGGGGGGGGUGGGGGGGGGAACAGGCUUGGCGUGCACGGAGAGAGCCCGGCUCCACGGGGGAGGGGGACGGCAGCAGGUGAGGGGGUGGCUGCGGAGCCCGGGGAGGAGGGAGGGGGAGCGGGGAGCGAGCCGGAGGUGCGAGGGGAUCCGGGGAGCAGGGGAGAGGCGGCGCCGCUCUGCCCCGGUGCCCCGCGUCGCUUCAGAGGGGCAUCCCCGGGCGCAGUCGCUCGUGGUCCAUCGCUCGCUUCGGCAGGUCCGGGCGGGCCGCGGAGAGGAGCUCUCUAGUCCAGCGUCAUUGAGGGGGGCCAGGGAGAUAAACGAAGCAGAUUUAUAUACAAUCCAAUUUAUAGUCUGGAAGGAGGGGGGGGGGAGAAAUGCCACUUGUACCCCCCCGCCCACUCCGCCCCCGCAAGACAAUCCGUGGGUGCAGGUCUCUGAGCAGGUCGGCUCCGCGCCGCUCGGUUGUCCCCCUUCAGCGCCCGCUGCUUCUCAACGUGCCAUCAAAGUUGACCCGGAGCAUAGCUGGGGAGGGAGCCGGGGGCGGCGGGCAGGGGGUGCGCGGCUGGCAGCUCCACUGUUGCGAGUCUUCUUCCCCCCACCGUCCCGCUUAUUAUUAGAGAGAUGCUUUUAUUUUCAAAGCAGCGCGGAGGGUCCGGAGUCCGGCGCGGAUGCGGUGGCGGCGCCCGGGGACCCCCGCCGCGGGCAGGGCACCGCACGCUGCGCGGCGCGGAGCGAGGAAGCGGCGCGAUCCCGGCGAUCUCAGGAGAAGCUGCACGGAUCCACUCGGAGUUAGAACCACGUGGGAACUCCAACCUAUAACAGAGACGCCAUGGGUUCCUCACUAUUUAGGAGAUUAAGUUAAGUCUUUUGCCCCCUGGGCUAUUACAGUAACUUCCUGAUGUGGAAAUACUA